UGCAAAUGCGGUGGACGGUCGCGGUGAUGGUGCUGUUUUGGCCGGAGAUGGCCGACGGUGGUUUGGGACCGCACGUGCGGGACGACCGGCCACACCGGUUGACCGCGGCCAAACUGACGGCGUACGUGGACAAGACGUUCGGGCCGUCGCAACGAUGUUUGAGAGUGGUCGUGACCGACGACACUGCCGGGACGGCUGCCAUAGUGGCCAUGCUACACGGACGCGACCAGCGACCGCGCUGGGAGGACGAGAUCGGUAGCCGCCGGACGUUGACGACACCUGUGACCAGGUCAAUCGAGUUGAACGAGUCGGUUACGACGGCGGCGGCCGAGGACGGUCCAGAUAUGUUUUGCCAGGCUUACGUGGUGGUCGGACUUCGGCCGUCGGCUGUGGAGAAAUGCUUCGAUGAUUUCAGGAGCACCAACUCGGCCCACAGGAUGUUGGUGAUCGUGGUGCAGGAUAACGAGUUGAUCGAACCGUUCAUCAAAUAUUCACCGGAAUAUUUUAACUACAAAGAUGUUAUACUUAUAAACGUGAAUCCACAAAAAGAAACAGUAUAUCAAAUGAGCAUACAAUUCGAAAAAUUCAUUCCUAUUUCCAAUAGUCAGGACCAAUGGUAUAGACAUGACUUGGAAGGAAAGCGUAAAGUUAAAAACUUUCAUCAGACUCGUAUUAAGUUAUUGGUGUACAAUAAUUCAUUAUUCAGUAGUGUGAUAAUCGACAAAGAAACAGGAAAACUAAUUCUAUAUCACGGUGUUGAAUGCUGUAUAUUCAAAGAAAUCGCAAGAAGAUUAAAUAUUACAUGGGAUGUAUAUACGUCCGAGGAUAAUGACAAAUGGGGAACGGUACAGCCAAAUAAUACAGUGACCGGCGGUGCGCUAAGAUGGUUGAAUACCAAACAGGCCGACGUAUCGUUUUGUUCAUUUUGGAUUGAAAUAACGAAAUUGAAGUUUGUAGAUAUGUCCAGAUUUUGGGGAACAAUGUGUUUAAAGUUUUUGGUACCUAAAUCCAAGCCACUGCGAGAAAAAUGGGACUUACUGUUUAGACCGUUUCCAUUGAGCCUGUGGUUAUUAGUUUUCUUUUCUGCAAUUUUGAUCAUAUUCACUGUGUGGAUUCUAGCAGGCAUUCAAAAAAAAAUUGGAUUUGAAAGAAUAACCGUAUUUACUUCGUUAUCGUCAACUAUUUUUUGGAUUAUUGGAUCGAUGUUGCUAACUAACAAUCCACAAACUUACCGAAUGGGACCAAUUAGACAUUUAAUCAAUUGGUGGUGCAUGUUCGUGUUCAUCAUGUCAACUUCAUUUUCCAGUAAUCUUUACUCGUAUAUGACAUCACCGGAGUACAAUAAACUGGUUUUAAAGAUCGAAGAUAUGGUUAAACAUAACUACCAUUGGGGUCUUACAUAUCCACCACCCUUUGAUUUUAUUUUGAAAAUGCAGAACCCGGUGCACCGAGAGUUCAGCGAGAGGUUCACGCCGGAACGCAGCGCGGCCGACCGGAUCGGCCGGUUGCAGCGCGGCAAGUACGCGGUGCUAGUCAAGUGCCUGAACGAAAAGCACUUCAUGGAGUCGGAGGAGGUGCCGGCCGCGCUGCUUAACAACAUGCGGACGACGCGCACGUGCCUGAACCAGUUCAACAUCGGGUUCGGGUUCGCGCGGGGCUCGCCGUACGUGCGCCCGGCCAACCUGGUCGUGCAGCGGAUAUUCGAGAGCGGCCUGAUCGACUACUGGUCCAGUCGGGUGACCGAGGACCGCAUCACCGCGGCCACGUUCGAACGGGUGUACGAGACGAAACCGCGCAAGAACGACCACCCGACCGCGCUCACUUACAGGCAGUUCAAAGUGCUCAUGGUCGUGUGGACGGUCGGCUGUGCGCUGUCCGCCGUCGUGUUCGCCGGCGAAUGUCUGCGCGGCGCGUGGACGUCGGGCGGACGCGACAGUCGACCGUGACGGAUUUCGGUCCCGGUUUCGAAGCGGAAGCAAAUUUUUUUAUACGAAAUGUACAGGUACUCACCUCGUUGUUCCCGAGUAAUCGAAUCGAUUUUUUUCAUUUUACUUUUUACCUGAUCUACCUGUACAUUUAUCAAAUAUUUCAUUCGGUCGAAUCCAGUUGAUUCGAAUCCGGUUUUCAUUUUACUUCAUUAUUUUCAGUUUUAACCCGUAAACAUUCAUUCUUA